AUGGUGUUUCCAGAUCCCGAGCUCGAAGCAUAUGUCUUCAAAACAGCACCUCCAUUAGACACUGCCUGGUUAAAUCAUGAAGAAGAGGUCAAACGGCUAGGGCCUCCUCGGGUAUUCAACUCCGUCGUGGAACGACAGCCAGUCUAUGCUCAGGAAUGCCGCGAUUUAUAUGCUCAAAUGACGGCCCCUGGUGCUCGAGAUUAUGAUUUGUCCCAAGGCAUCACCAAAAAGGAGUUUACAGUUCCCUCAGCCGUGGACGGCCAUCCAAUCCCGGUUCUCCAACUGGACCUUACGACUGGUGAGACCCAAGAGCCGGAAGUGGUUGUUAUCUUUUACCAUGGCGGCGGUCUGAAGGUUGGCGAGGCAGACAGUGAGGAGCUCUCAUGUCGGCAUAUUGUCAAGUCUGCAAUAGCCAGAAUCCGACUUUAUUCUGUGGGUUACCGUCUACUACCCCAGAACCCAGCCUCAACUUCUGUCUCCGACUCUCAGGACGGAUUUAAUGCACUGUAUAAUUCAACCAUCAAGACCGUCGUCAUUGGAAGUUCGAGUGGUGGGCAGAUGGCAUCUACAGUGGCUCAGAAAGCACCGCGAGGUUCCAUCUAUGGUCUAUUGCUGAGGUGUCCUGUUACAGCUGAUGGAGCCAGCGGAAAGGAAUACAUACCUGAGAAGCUACGUCCAUAUCACACGAGCGUUUCUCCCUCGUUCAUCACGUCGUUAGGCGGGUACCUUAAUCGAGAUGUGCUUAGGGACGGGCUUGAGAAACUGCCCCUCGAAGCCACAGGAGCCGAAUUGGAGGGACAUCCUCGGACCUGGAUCCAGCUGACCUCCAACGACCCUCUGUAUUCGGAUGGCCUUUGUUAUGCAAUGCUGCUAAGGGAGGCGGGUACCGAGGUUAGAGUGCAAGUUGAAAAGGGGUGGCCGCAUACCUUUUGGCUCAAAGCUCCCCAUCUGGAUCACGCCCUGGCUUGUGAAAAGGAUAUGCUGAAGGGUCUGAAGUGGUUGCUUGCAUAG